AUGGGGCUGGCCAGCAGAGCCGUGGGGAUGCUGGGGAUAUCGAGAGGGGUACCGUUCCCCUCUCUCUGGAGGACAGCGCUGCUCUUUCUCUCCAUCUGGGAACUGGAUGCACAAACCGCAGUGGAAACUAAACCCCUAUACAUCUGGCAAACAGGUCCAUGGGGUCGUUGUAUGGGCAGUGAAUGUGGACCUGGUGGCAGCCAGAGCAGGGCAGUAUGGUGUGCCCACUCUGAAGGCUGGACCACCCUGCACACCAACUGCGACCAGACAGAACGGCCGGACAACCAGCAGAGCUGCUUCAGAGUGUGCGAUUGGCACAAAGAUCUAUAUGACUGGCAACUGGGUGCCUGGAACCAGUGUGUCCCAGUGUCGAUGCGCGGGGUGCAGCGUCCCGCUGUAUGUACCCGAGGAGAGGAGGGCAUCCAGACCCGUGACGUGGGCUGCGUCCAGAAAGCGAAUGGUGAGCCUGCAGAAGAUGCAAUCUGCGAAUACUUUGAGCCUAAACCACGGCUAGAGCAGGCCUGUCUUAUCCCUUGUCCUCGGGACUGUGUGGUGUCUGAGUUCAGCCCAUGGACUUCCUGUUCUAAAACCUGCGGGAUGGGCUUACAGAACCGGAUCCGUUUCGUUCUGGCUCCUCCACUGUUUGGUGGGGCAGCGUGCCCAAACCUGACUGAGUUUCAGACAUGCCAACCAGGGCCCUGUGAGGGAGAGCAGAGCCUCUACAGCCUAAGGGUGGGACCCUGGGGACCCUGUUCUGUCCCGAUGCCAAGGCAAGCUAGACAUGCUAACAAACCAUCCAAGGAAAAGAAAGUCCGGGAGAGGUUAAGGGAGAGAGGCAAGGUGAAGGAUCCAGAAACCAGAGAACUCAUCAAGAAAAAGAGGAACAGGAACCGUCAGAACCGCCCAGGAGGAAAAUUCUGGGACCUGCAGAUCGGCUACCAGACCAGAGAAGUGACCUGUGUGCAUAAGAGUGGGACUGUUGAAGCUCUCAGCCUAUGCUCUCAGGAGACAUUGCCGGUGACUUUCCAAGCCUGCGUCAUGACCAAAGACUGCGAUGUGACUGAAUGGUCUGAAUGGUCGGCUUGCUCCAAGGAGUGCUACGACCCCAACGGGCCCAAAGGGGAGCGCACUCGCACCAGAAAAGUGAGCCAGUUCCCAAUCAACGGAGGAGCAGACUGUCCAGAACUGGAGGAAAAGGAGCCCUGCAGCCCCCAGAGAGACAGAGUGCCAACCUGCAUCGUUUAUAGCUGGAAGACCACGGAGUGGACAGAGUGCAGGGUGGACGUGCUGCUGAGCCAACAGGACCGUCGGCGUGGAAACCAAACUGGGUUAUGUGGAGGCGGGAUUCAGACCCGAGAGGUCUACUGUGUCCAGACCAGCGCUGAUACCCCACCCAACCUCAGCUCGCUCAGGAGCAAAGAAGCGCUGCGACCAAUGGACAAUGAUCUGUGUCUGGGUAUCCCCCUGAACACCACCCAGCUCUGCCACAUCAGCUGUCCUGUUGAGUGUGAGGUGUCCUUGUGGAGCGCCUGGGGACCCUGCACCUUUGAAAACUGCCAGGACCAGGCCGCCAAAAAAGGCUUCAAACUGAGGAAGAGGAAGAUCGUCAAUGAGCCGACGGGCGGGACGGGGAACUGCCCCCACCUGGUGGAGGCAAUACCGUGUGAAGACCCCAGCUGCUACGACUGGUUGGUGGUUAAACUGGAUGAGUGCAUCCCUGACAAUGAGAAAGAUUGUGGACCAGGAACCCAGAUCCCACAAGUGCAGUGUGUCAACAGUGAUGGUGAAUAUGUGGAGAGGCAGCUUUGCCGUGAUGCCAUCCUGCCCAUGCCGGCCAUCUGCGAGGUGCCUUGCCCAAAGGAUUGUGCCCUGAGCCCCUGGACGCCUUGGUCUCUGUGCUCCCACACCUGCUCUGGAAAAAACACGGAGGGCAAGCAGACCAGAGCUCGCUCCAUCCUCGCCUAUAACGCAGGAGAAGGUGGAAUCCAGUGUCCCAACAGUAGUGCCUUGCAGGAAGUGAGAAACUGCAAUGACCAUCCCUGCACUGUGUACCACUGGCAGACCGGCUCAUGGGGGCAGUGCAUAGAGGACUCCUCCAUCCUGUCCACCAACACAUCUGUGGGGCGAACACGUAGCGAUGACGCCUCCUGCUCAGUGGGGAUGCAAACCCGCAAGGUUAUCUGUGUCCGGGUCAAUGUGGGCCAGGUUCCUCCGAAAAAAUGUCCGGAGAGUCUGCGCCCAGACACCGUCAGGCCCUGCUUACUGCCGUGCAAGAGAGACUGUAUCGUUACCCCGUACAGCGACUGGAGCCCCUGCCCAUCAACAUGUCAAGCAGGUGGUAACACCAAGAAGAAGCAGUACAGGAAGCGUAUUAUCAUACAGUCACCAGCCAAUGGAGGACAAGACUGUCCUGAAGUGCUUGCCCAGGAGAGAGAGUGUGACGCUCCAUCUGUCUGUCAAGGAUACAGAUGGAAAACCCACAAGUGGCGGCGAUGCCAGCUGGUUCCAUGGUCAGUUCGUCAGGACAGUCCCGGAGCUCAGGAAAUCUGUGGGCCGGGCCUGCAGGUUCGGGCUGUUUCGUGCCGGAAGCAGGAUGGUGGCCAGGCAGACGUCGAAGCUUGUCUUAAGUUAGCCAGCUCCAUGCCACCUCUCACACAGCCCUGCCAGUUGCCCUGCCAGGAAGACUGUCAACUCAGCAGCUGGUCCAAGUUUUCCUCCUGCACAGCCGAUUGCGUAGGCGUCAGGACCCGCAAGAGGAUGCUAGUCGGAAAGAGCAAAAAGCGGGACCAGUGUAAAAACCACCAGAUGUAUCCUGUGAGUGAGACCCAGUAUUGCCCAUGCAACAAAUACAAUGCCCAGCCUGUGGGCAACUGGUCGGACUGUGUCCUACCUGAGGGCGGCCGCAUGGAGGGUCAACUGGGCAUGAAGGUCCAAGGUGACAUCAAGGAAUGUGGCCAAGGAUAUCGUUACCAGGCCAUGGUGUGCUACGACCAGGACAAUCGCAUAGUGGAGACCUCUCGCUGUAACAGCCAUGGGUACAUUGAGGAGGCUUGCAUCAUCCCCUGUCCGUCUGACUGCAAACUGAGUGAGUGGUCCAACUGGUCACGCUGCAGCAAGUCCUGUGGCAGUGGGGUCAAAGUCCGCUCCAAGUGGCUCAGAGAAAAGCCUUACAAUGGUGGGAGACCGUGUCCUAAGCUGGACCAUGUCAACCAGGCUCAGGUGUAUGAGGUGGUGCCGUGCCUCAGUGACUGUGGGCAGCACGUCUGGGUGGCAGAGAGCUGGAGUGUGUGGAAGGUCAGCAAUGUGGACCUGAAGGAUAACUGUGGUGAAGGUGUUCAGACCAGGAAAGUCAGAUGUAUGCUGAACACUAUAGAUGGGCCCUCUGAGCAGGUGGAGGACUAUCUGUGUGAUCCAGAGGAAAUGCCUCUGGGGGCCCGCAACAGCCGGCUGCCCUGCCCCGAGGACUGUGUCUUAUCAGAUUGGGGAGCCUGGAGCCCAUGUCCGCUGCCAUGCAGUGGGAAUAGUAGUCGGGAGAGGAGCGCUUACCCGCUGCGCCAGCCUGGAAAGGAGAAGGAGUGUCCCCCGACUAAAGAGAAAGAGCCCUGCAAACUCAACAGCAACUGCUUCCACUACUCCUACAACAUCACUGAUUGGAGUACUUGUCAGCUCAGUGACAGAGCAGUGUGUGGAAACGGCAUCAAAACCCGCAUGCUUGACUGUGUGCGCAGCGAUGGCAAAUCUGUUGACCUCAAGUUCUGCAAAGAGCUGGGCCUGGAGAGGAAGUGGCAGAUGAAUGCUUCCUGUGUUGUGGAAUGUCCCGUCAACUGCCAGCUGUCUGACUGGUCACCAUGGUCUGAGUGCACCCACACCUGCGGGCUGGCAGGCAAGCUGUGGAGGAGGCGGACAGUGAUCCAGGCUCCCCAAGGUGACGGGAGGCCAUGUCCACCCCAGAUGGAGCAGUGGAAGCCGUGCCUGGUGAAGCCAUGCUACAGCUGGAGAUACAGUGCAUGGUCCGAGUGCAAGUCUGAGGGGGCGAGGUGUGGUGAAGGCAUGCGCUUCAGGAAUGUGUCGUGCUUUGUGUCGGACGGUUCAGGCCAGCAGGACAGCAACCUGGUGGAUGAUGAGCUGUGUGGAGAUCUGGAACCCUCAGUGGACGGAGAUACGCACAUGGUUCUGCAGGAACCCUGUACUGUGCCCUGUCCAGGAGAGUGCUACCUGACAGACUGGACUGUCUGGAGUCCGUGCCAGCUGAGCUGUGUGAGCGGGGACGACCUGGGUUUUGGCUCAGUCCAGGUCAGAUCCCGAGCCGUGGUGGCCCAGGAUCCGGAGAACCUGCUGCAGUGUCCAGAACAGGAGCUGGAGGCUCGGCCAUGUACAGAGGGACAGUGUUUUGACUACAAGUGGAGGACUGGACCAUGGAGGGGUUCAUCUCGCAAAGUCUGGUGUCAGCGCUCAGAUGGACUAAAUGUCACAGGUGGAUGCCCAGCGACAGCAAAGCCGAUGGCUGACCGAUCCUGUGACCCGCCCUGCACCAAGCCCCGCUCGCUGUGCACAGAGGUGAGAGUGUGCGGCUGUGAGGAGGGCUACACUGAAGUGAUGACGUCUGACGGCCUGCUGGACCAGUGUACAGUCAUCCCGGUGCUGGAGAUCCCCACUGCAGGUGACAACAGGGCUGAUGUCAAGACCAUCCGAGCCCUCAACCCCACUCAGCCUGCGGCCAGCACACCAGGGAGGGUGGGACGGACCUGGUUCCUGCAGCCCUUUGGCCCGGAUGGGAAGCUGAAGACCUGGGUGUACGGAGUGGCAGCAGGAGCGUUUGUGCUGCUGGUCUUUAUAAUCUCCAUGACAUACUUAGCAUGCAAAAAGCCAAAGAGGCCGCAGCGACGGCAGAUGAACAACAGGCUGAAGCCGCUGACUCUGGCCUAUGAUGGAGACGCCGACAUGUAGAAGUUUUCCUGCUGACCACACUGACCUACAGACAUGCGUCCUAAUUCAGGACACACAGGGUUGCUAUGGAAAUCCCUUGAUAUCAGGGUUGCUUCCGGGCAUUGUUCAAACUACAGGUGGACACCCUAGGAAGAUGAUUCUGAUAGAAAGAGGAACCUCAAAGAUCAAGACUGAAUCUCUGUCCAUUAGCAGCCUUGAUGCCCUUGUCCUCUUUUUUAAUUUCCAUUUUGAUACUCUGUUUCACAAGAGCCUUCAUUCUUUCUUAAUCUUCUUCUGGAAGUCUGCCUUUGCUUCUCUGCCAUCUACUACUGCCGGUAACAUCCAAACCACAGUCGUUGGAGAGGGUCGUCCUUUUUGUUCAUUUUGUCACAUCUGAGUGGGAUCAUCUGUUUAGGAUACUCGUUCUUUGUCCAAUUAAGAAGAUUCUGGCCUGGGUCCAUCAGCAAGAAAAGAUAAAACCAGAGAACAAGAGCAUAAUGAUCCCCAGAGCCACUUCUGCCUGUAUCUCCCUUAUCCAUUUUUUCAGGCAUAAUUGUGCACUAUAUUAGUGCAGCAUGAUAUGUACUUAUGUCUAGCUUUGCCAUAGAAAACUGCCUCUCUCAAUACAAGAUGGUGUACAGUCUUGUGCUAGAAAUGUAAAAAAGUAGACUUUUUUUGCAAACAGAACUCACCAAUGUUUGUUAAUAUUUUUCUUCUAUUACCUCUUGUGUGUGAUACGAUGGGACUCAAUGUAAAUAGAAUUUUUUUCUGCUUUCUCAAUUUGACCUUUCUAGUAUGUACAGCUUCACGUCCCAAACUCUCUGAGUUCAUUUAUUCUCUGACAAUUUUUUGACUGUGACUGCUUUAAGAUCAUGAUCUUUUACUUUUGUAAAUUAUACACAUAUACAGUAUACAGUACAUAUACACUACUACCACUGACGCAAGCUGCAGGAGAUACAAACCCCUUCCAUUAUUAAACCCUUUAGCUGCGAUAUGGAAGGAAAAAUAGAGUAUUCAGAUGUAUAAAGGGCUGGGACAUCUGAGCUUGGAGAAAGAGGAAGUUUGUUCAAAUAAAUUCACAGGGCGUCUCCACCCAUUUCUGUAUCUUUCCGAAACCACAAUCCGACCUUCACACCUCCUUCACAUUGUGAUUGGCCAGCUGUGUGGAGGUGAGAAAGGAGCCAGCUUUUGAACUUCAUACUUCUCUACAUUUUUCACAAGUACAACCCCAUUCAUUUCUUCCAGGAGAGACUGUCUGAAAACGUGUGCUGCUAUCCGCAUAUUUCGCAUCUUAGCCCUCUCUAUGACAGUAUGGCAGUUUUGGAACAGUAAUACACACUUUUUAUCCCCGACGUUGUAGGACAACAAGUCAUAUGGACCAGUUCUCUUCUAGCAUAACACGGCCCCAAGCGUUUAGUGAGUCUGAUGGACUGGAUGAGACUGAGUUCUGUUCCAUAGGCACCUCCAAAUUCUGUAAACAGAGCUUUCUUUUUCUCACAUUUUGAGAACAAAACCGAUGUAUAGUGUGGCCCUUAGUAUACCAACAUUUCCUGGACUGAUCAAUGGAGCAAUUCACUGAUCCGUGUCAACUUGCAAUGUAAGGAAAGACAACACAGUCCCGUCAUGUUCAUCAGGCUUUUGCUGUCAGGGGGUAACUGUUAAAUCCAUUGCUUGAAGUAGACCAAUGGAAAUAGUGGAAGCCAGAAAUAAAUUCCACUGUUUGUUCUUGUUAGGAGCUUAGACACAUUGUUCAUCACAGAUUGUUCAGAUUUGACUUAACUGAAAUGUCCCACUAUAAACCUGGCUAUCAUGGAACCUGCAUGACUUUACCCUUGGUAUUUACACUCUGUUUGCCUUUGGGGUGGUAAACUUACAGACUUUUCACAAGGAUUGCACAAAUGAACCAUCAGUUUCGAUCUCUGAGACAUCCUUCCACCCUCUACUUUCUUAUAUGGCACAUUGUAUAAAGGGUUUAUAAAUUACAACUAUUGGCUUUAUUAAUAUUGAUAUUUUACUAAUGCUUAAUAGAUACAUUUUGGUGAUGUUUAUCCUUUAUAAGCCAUCAGGUUAUUGGUUACAAAUGUUAGUGAAUCAUUGAUUUAUUUUUAAUUUUUUACAAUCCAUCAAGUCAGUUGUUAUAAAUGGAAGUUAUUAAUCUGUUAUUAAUCAUCCAAAAGGCCUGAUUCUUGACUCAUUUUGAAUUUACACUGGUCUUUGUGAGAUGUCUCCAUCGCCUCAAAUCCAGUCUAAUGUUGUUUGCUCUGUUACACCUGGAAGGACAUCCUUGAUGGAGGUUCCCCUCCGUUCUCAGCUAUAGAAAAACUGUCUAAAAAACCUUAAGGAUUUGAUUCCGCCUUGCAGGUUUUAUUCAUCCACAAGUGUUUAAUGACAUCUAAGUCGGUGAUGUAUCCCAGAGAGACCUCACCAAUGGAGAGUUGUUGUGGUCUCCAUGUCUUAAAGAGCAUUUAGCCCUUAAACAACUGUAUCACUCUGGGUGAUUGUUAGUGUUCCAGGAUGGUGUGAAGUUCUUUCCAGAAGCUUUUCUACUGACAAAAAUUCAGUUCAGGAGGAACCAUUGUAUGCAAGUACCUUGAAAACAUACUGUGCUGCCUGAUAAGCUAAAAGUCCAGUCACCCAAAGUGAACAGUGUAUUAUUUAUCAGUAUGAGACAUCAUAUCAUUGCCAGAGAAUGGCAUUUUAAUAUUGUAUGGAGUGUGUUGCUAGUAAGUUAACGGAAUGUUUAAUUUAUAUUUCUUGGAAUAUGAGUUGUAAAUAAACUGCUAAAUAUUGUUUUUGUUUAAUUUAUUGUUCAUGUUCCAUAAUGUGUUUCCUUUUUUACUGCACAAGAUGUUUAGCAAAACGAAAAAAAAAUACUUGAGGCAUGAAUGUGGGUGUGCUGAAAGCGAUAUUGAUAACCUUGUGAAAAACAAAGUCGCUGAUGAACGCUGUCCUUUUCCUACUGUUUGUUUAUAUGUAUUUGACUAAUUGCUGAUAAUAAACAAGGGAAAUAUUUAA